CCAAUUAAAAUCAAGUGCGAAUAAAUGCGUUCUGAUAGAGUCUUGUGAGUUUUAUGGCCCAUUGUUCUGAAACAAAUCUGAUCGCGACCAAUUGUUCUAUUUACGCAGUCAUUGAAAUUGCAAUUGUAGGCUCAUUUACAUAAGCUUUGGAGCCAAGCUAUUUACUGGUGUCCUUAUGCGAGUGGUUAACGUAGCGCCCAAUUGCCGGGAAUCCCACGGUAAACCGAGAUUUAAUUGAAACAGCAACACAAAGGAGGCGGGUUAGGGGCAGCAAUAUAAACAUCUCGGCUUUAAUUUACGCGGAAAGCUCUCUCGUGUCGCGUUCCAAUUGUUUAUUGUUCAACACCCCUUGGGCGGCAAAUGCGCUGAUAAAGAUCCACCUGGGCACCGGCAUUCGGGGUCUCAGCUCAUUAAGUCUGGAGCUCGCGGCGCGAGCGGUUGAACUUUUGCGGUCGCCUGCCAGAUACUAUAUACGAAGUAUAGUUGACUGAUCUUCUGGUUCACAGACGCUGAUUAAAAAGAAUCAGCAUUAAUUCAAUCAGAGAUAUGGCGGGCAAAUUAUUCCUACUGGCACUGCUGAUGCUCCUGGUGAUCCACAUAGAGGGCUCCUCUUCUUCGGAGGAACCUAACCCCUAUCCGGAGGACUCCCAUAAACUGAAACUCUGGUUGACGAUCAGUGCACGUCGGCGCUUCCUGGAGGUUUCAUGGAAAAACGCUCCAGCGCAUAGAGGUGAUUAUGUUUUGUUGACGAAGCAGGAUCCCACCAGUUUCGAGAAACUCAUCGUGCCCACGGGUACUCCCUUGGCCUCGUUCAACAACGAGGAGGCUAGCGGGUUCGGCGAAGCGUCUGUGGAUUAUAUUCCCGAUCAUGGAGUCACUGGCAAACCGGACACAACGAGUCCUGGACAGAAGACAACUGCCCGGAAGUUCUGGUCAGCCAAUGGAGGAACCAUCCAGAUUGUGGCCGCCAUCCAGCCCAGCGAAGGUCUUUCUUCGCAAUGGUUCACCACGGGUGUGCCCUUUGACUACGCUCUUUCCCAAAAUGUCACGAUGGACACUUCCUGCUAUGGCUUUUGGGCUAGCUACAUCGAUGGAGAGGGGCGCAUCCUGGCCAAGACCUGCCUUAGAGCUUAUCCCCGCUGGAUGAACGAGCAGAAAUCCUUGAUUGGCGAGAUGCGUCUGCGAGAUCUUUUCAUUCCGGGCACCCAUGACUCCGGCUCUUAUCGACCCGAUUUCGAUCCUCUGCUCAAGGAGAGCUUGGUAACCAAGUAUGCCUUGUGCCAGGACGAUGACAUCCGGGGACAGCUGAUGCAUGGGGUGAGGUACCUGGACAUUCGCGUGGGUUACUACCAGAACUCUGAGGAAAAGUUUUUCAUUUAUCACGGAAUAACGAAGCAACGACCACUGCAGGAAGUAGUUGACCAGGUCAAAGAUUUUGUUUUGGAGACAAAUGAGAUAAUCAUCUUCGGACUUAAGGAGUUUCCAGUGGGCUUUGGAAAAGGCUUACAUGUACAUCACCUGCUGGUCAGCUAUUUGCGCGAACAAUUCGAGGGUCUGAUAGCCCAUCCUUCGUUAACCUGGCGCGCGACCUUGCGUGACAUUUGGACCAGGAAGCAGAAUAUAUUCCUGGCCUACGACCGCCAAACCAUUGUGGACGAGUAUCCUCAACUGCUGUACGGAUCCGUGGAGCAGCGUUGGGGCAACGUACAGACUUGGCCCCGUUUAGAGCAGUAUUUACGGAACAUAAAUGACUUAGAUGUGUCGCGGUUUACGAGUCGUCCGGUGGCCGAUAUGGCAGAGCUAACCCCUGAGACAUGGGACGUCAUUCUGGACAAGCACGGCGGACUGCGAAAGAUGGCCGAUAACAUCAACUGGCGUGUCUCGCACCUGUAUCGGGACGAGCUCGGCGUGAACGCCAAUAUCGUGGCAGCAGACUUCAUCCGAGGCACCACACUGGUGGACACUGCCAUACAAUACAAUCGCAGGAAGAUUUACGCCUAAAUAGAAUCUAUCCGAGGGUUAUGAAGAGUCGUAUUUUGUCAGACUUGUGUAUAGAAACAAAAUCAUAUAUUGAAGUACUAUUAAACCAAAAACCUUUAGGGCCAUACAAAGAGCUUCCAUCAUUGAAAGAAACGCCUUUUAGGUUGCAAUUACAUUUAAUUUUCUACGCGGUUACGUUAAAUAUCCAUAUAUGUAUGUGUUGCUUAAUAUAAUGCUAUUUUUUUUUAGCUUCCCUAAACAUGUCACAUUUUUGUUUUUGUAUCAGCUUUGUUCCCAUCGAAAUGGGAAGCGCAUAGAGUACUUCCCGGUUUUUGUGUUUGAAAUGGAAUAAGGAUUAUAUCGCAUUACCAUAAACGAUAAUGUAAACAUUAGUGAGAAGUAAUACAUAAAAGGCCUUGGGUAGUAUUUUUUCGCGUAAAACCUGUUAACUGAGGAGUUUACUCUCAAAUAAAUAGUUUAAAACUAAAUUCUAA